UAACAACAAAGCAGAGUUCCGACGCACACACACAUACACACACGCGCGCUCACUGUGGACAAAAUGACCUAAAAGCUUGUUUACGUGUCCGCCACAGCCAAAAAAAAAAACAAGAAAGUAAAAAGGAAGAAGAAAAACGCGCAACAGCAGCAGACACCGCAAAGCGCGUCGUCGUCGUUGUCGCGUUUAAUAAUUGUGCAAGCAAUUGUUUAUCUGUCCAAAAAACAGUCAAAAUGAAUAUACACGUGAACGCGAAUACUCUGAAGUACAUCAGCCUGCUAACGUUAACGCUACAAAAUGCCAUUUUGGGACUCAGCAUGCGUUAUGCUCGCACACGACCCGGCGACAUCUUCCUCAGCUCCACAGCUGUGCUGAUGGCCGAGUUCGCCAAGCUGAUCACCUGCCUUGUGCUAGUGUUCAACGAGGAGGGCAAGGAUGCCCAGAAAUUUGUACGCUCACUGCAUAGGACAAUCGUGGCCAAUCCACUUGAUACGCUGAAGGUGUGCGUGCCAUCGCUCGUCUACAUUGUGCAGAACAAUCUGCUGUAUGUGUCCGCCUCGCAUCUGGAUGCAGCCACCUAUCAGGUGACAUAUCAGCUGAAGAUCCUCACUACUGCCAUGUUUGCGGUGGUCAUACUCCGACGACGUCUCUUCAACACCCAAUGGGGAGCACUCGUCCUUCUCGUGCUGGGCAUUGUGCUUGUCCAGCUGGCGCAAACGGAUGCGCCAAGUGCGAGCGGUUCCAGUUUGCCGGGAGCGACCACAACGUUGCCCACAUUGACCAACAGCCAGUUGCCCACACAGAAUCGCAUGCUCGGCUUGUGGGCGGCAUUGGGCGCCUGUUUUUUGUCCGGUUUUGCGGGCAUCUAUUUCGAGAAGAUCUUGAAGGGUGCCGAGAUCUCUGUGUGGAUGCGUAAUGUGCAGCUGAGUCUGUUGAGCAUUCCAUUCGGACUGAUCACCUGCUUUGUGAACGAUGGCAGUCGCAUCUAUAACAUGGGCUUCUUUCACGGCUACGAUGUGUUCGUCUGGUAUCUGGUGCUGUUGCAGGCGGGCGGCGGUCUCAUUGUCGCUGUCGUCGUCAAAUAUGCGGACAAUAUACUUAAGGGUUUCGCCACAUCGCUGGCAAUCAUCAUCUCGUGCAUUGCGUCCAUCUACAUUUUCAAUUUCCAUCUGACACUGCAGUUCAGUGCCGGAGCCAUGCUGGUGAUUGCCUCAAUCUUCCUCUAUGGCUACGAUCCGGCUGCGGCGGCCAAGGCGAAGGCAGCGACGACGACGAUUCAUCCGAAUCCCAACAGCGAUAUGGAGAAACUGUUGCCGCGUGUCUGAGGCCAACGUUCAUCACAUUCACAUUGACCAUUCACCAUUGACCAUCGACCAUCGAAUCAAUUCUCUUUGCAAACUGCGUUUUGCCAACAGUAUUGUCAUUUUUUGAAUUUUUAGUUCUUGCUGCAAUUUCGUUUUUCCUACAUUUAUUUAUCCUGUUUAUUUAUCGUGGGCUCGUUUUUCAUUUUUAUUUAUAUCGUAGUCACAUACUCGUAUUAUUUUGAUUUUGAUUUUGUUUUUGGGGCCCGUGUGAUGAACGCGUCUGUGUACUUUAACAAUUUGAUAUUCAAUCGUGGAAUUGCAUUCCAGAAACCAAAACAAUACAACAAAUACAAAAAACAGAAAAAAGAAAU